AUGACCACACAGUCCACACAGUACGAUAAAAUCGGAGGCGACUACAGUUUGAUCAAGCAGCUGCCAUCUGACUUGCUUGAUACCGCCACCCUACUCGCCUACCUUGGAAAUAUCCAAGGAAUGGAAGUACUUGACCUCGCCUGCGGUAAUGGCUUCAUGUCCGGCAAAGCAAUUGAGCACGGGGCUCGACGAGUAGUUGGAAUAGAUAUCUCAUCGAGCAUGAUUCAAGCUGCAAGCCGCCAGUUUGAAGGCGAUAGCCGCUUCGAGUUCUACACUGCAGAUUGCAGCAAGCCAAUCCAUAUGGGCAAGUUUGACAUUGUCUUCGCCUGUUGGCUUCUCAAUUAUGCCUCCAGUGCCGAGGAGCAGUUGGCAAUGUGGCAGAACAUUUUCGCUCACUUGAAGCCUGGUGGCAGAUGUAUUGGUGUGGUACCGAAUUUUGAUAUGCUCGAGACUCCAUUCCCUUCAGGAUAUCAGUGGGGAAUUGAGGCUAAAGUCUUGAAGCAUGUCCCCGGAGGCGUGAAGCUUCAGUUCACUGCCGAUAAUUGUUCCCAUUUCACUUUUGAAUGCUAUAUGCUUCAACGGGCAGUUUAUGAGUCUUGUUCCCGGAAGGCGGGGUUCACUGACAUGGAGUGGCUGGAUCCAAUUGAUCCAAAGGAUCCUCGGAUAAAUUUUGAAGCUUUGUCACGCACCAUGAAUUCUCGAUACUUUCAAGCCUGGCGUUAA